CGGCAGUCGGGGCCCAGCAUGCUCCCCCAGAGCCUGCCGCCCCACAUCCUCUCCUGCCCACCCUGCCUGCCUGGCCAGGGCCCGGCCGCCUGCCCGUGGAUGAGCCACAGGACCUCCUCCACCUUCAGAGCGGAGAGAAGCUUCCAUUCCUCCUCCUCCUCCUCCUCCUCCUCCUCAGCCUCCUCAGCCUCCUCGGCCUCCAGAGCCCUCCCAGCCCAGGACCCACCCAUGGACAAGGCCUUGAGCAUGUUUUCUGAGGAUUUUGGCAGCUUCAUGCGGCCCCACUCCGAGCCCCUGAACUUCCCAGCCCGUCCUGGGGGGCCAGGCAACAUCAAGACCCUCGGAAACACCUACGAGUUUGCAGUGGAUGUGAGUGACUUCUCACCUGAAGACAUCAUUGUCACCACCUCCAACAACCACAUCGAGGUGCGGGCUGAGAAGCUGGCAGCUGACGGCACAGUCAUGAACACCUUCGCUCACAAGUGCCAGCUGCCGGAGGACGUGGACCCCACAUCAGUGACCUCAGCCCUGAGGGAGGACGGCAGCCUCACCAUCCGGGCGCGGCGCCACCCACACACAGAGCACGUCCAGCAGACCUUCCGGACAGAGAUAAAAAUCUGAGGGCCUCCUCCUCCCCAUGCCCUCCCCUGACUAUCGUCCUCCCCCACUGGCCUGCCAGAGAAGCCAUCCUAACCCCCUCAUGACAGCCUCCAUCUCAGCCCGAGUCCCAGGCCCUCACAUCUCCCAGACCCCAGGUGGGCCAUCCCCCGUAACAAGCCUCCUGCUCUGCCCAGCACAGGCCAGGGACUCCCUUGCCUCACCUCUGGAUCCCAGAUUCCAGAUGUGGCCUCUUGCACUUAAUCCAGAAUAAAGGCACUGGGAUGAAGGAAGGGAGACCCCAGCGAACCCACUUUGGGGAAGGGGGAUUGAGACAGGCAAGAUCUCUGGGCAAAUAAUCUGUAGGACAAACAGACAGACAACUCCUUUGAUCUAUGGAGUCUCGGCAGGGCAGGGGACCAGGGACCUGCGACCACCUUGGCCAAGGGGAGCAGGAGAAGCAGAGAGAGAUCACAAGCAGCAGUGCCUAUGAUGUGAGUUGAACUGUCCAGGGGCACAGCCAUGGUGGUACACCUCCCCUCUGCACCCUCUAAGCCCCAAACUAGCUGCCAGGCCGCCUGCCCACCUGGUGCCCCCAGCCAGCCAGCUGUGCUAGGGCAGGGCUACGUUACAUCUGCAUAUAGACGGGGUUUUUCCAAUACAGCUGGUUCGUGACUAACUGUGUGAGGCUCCAGCGGUCUGUUACCCUCUGGUGCCCCUAGGCAAGGCAAGGCCCAAGGCUGGGGCUGGUUCUUCUCGCCCCCGCCCAGAAGCUUGGCCUCCUGGGGUUACCUCCCCUGCAGACAGGUCACCCAACAGAGGCAGAAGAGAGAGCACGGACCUCAAGGUUGGACACCAGCUUCUUGCCAAUCUGCUCAGUGGUCAGUCACCUCCCUGGUCCUUCCCCCUCUUUACUCUAUGAAUCUGUAGACUUGGUGUAGGUACACACCACGCACAGACACACACAUGCACACGCACACACACGCGUGCCCAUCUACAGUUAUCCUUCAAAUACUAAGCAUUACCAGUGGUUGAGGCCAAAUUCAGAACAUUCUAAACUCAGCUUUACAAUCUCUAUUGUUUACCAAUGGAGAAACUGAGUGUCAGAGCAGUUGAAUGCCCUGCUUACUCUCUGAAGGUUGGAUUUGAACCUGGGAUGUUGGAAGCUGCUGUGAAACGGCCACCCACCCCUCUGCGCACUGGGAGUGGGUCCCCCUCUUCUACCCCUCUUCAUCUAUGCCCUUGCCCCACCCCCACCUCACUCCUGCUGGAGAAUGCCUGAGCACAGGGACCUCCAGUCAGCCUGCAUUCUGAGGGGCCCAUGUGCCCCCAGGACCCCUGGCUCAGUCUCCCAUAUGUGGAAGUAGGGAGAGGGGUAGGGGUGGUUCACAGUUGGCUGGGGCCCUAGCGGAGGUGGCAAGGCCGGCCUCUGCCCUCUCAACCUCCUGGGUCAGGGUUCUGUAGGGUGGCUUCUCACGCUGCCACUCUGGGGCCUUUAGGAGACUCCUGACGGGGAGGCGCGGGGGAGGGGCCUGGCGUUGUUCCGCGCACGCAAUAAACAGCGGAAUCACAGCC